UCCCGCACAGGUUAACAGUGAUGAACAACGGUGACGCUGUUGUAUGCUUUGAAAAUGGCGUUCUUUCGUUCCAGUACGCUGUCAUUUGUAGCUAUAGUGCUCGUCUGAGUCGCUUAGAAGUUCAAAUUCCGGCUACGCUGCCAUCGUCUGAUCCGGAUUUCCAUACUCGGGCGUUACAUAGUCCUUAUAUAAAAUGUGGUGAAGCAAACCCUAACCAAUGUCCGUUGCAUAAUAAGGCCGCAGCUGCCCGGGAUCGUUCGUAGGGAUUACAGCGGCGAUUGAGUGCUUGGCCUCGCUCUCCUGGUGUCUUCGCCAGCCUUCACCCUUAGAAACCACAGUAAUAUUCAGAACUAGGAUGGCAUCUAUACCAGUGUACUGCUUGUGUCGCUUACCCUAUGAUGUGACUCGCUUCAUGAUAGAGUGUGACAUUUGUCAAGAUUGGUUCCAUGGCAGUUGUGUUGGUGUCGAGGAGGACAAAGCAGCUGAGAUUGAUCUUUAUCACUGCCCCAACUGUCAGAUCAGCCAUGGCCCAUCUGUCAUGCGGAAACGGCGUGGCGGGAACAAGCAGACAGAUGGAAGCAUCGCCAGUGCAGGGAGAGACCCUACUCGGCUGGUGAAGACGGGCAGCCCCCAGUUUGUGAGGGAGCUACGCAAUCGCACCUUUCCAAGUGCAGAUGAAGUCUUGCUGAAGCCGUCAGGGGCCCAGCUCACAGUGGAGUUCCUUGAGGAGCAUUCUUUCAGCGUCCCUGUCAUGGUACUAAGGCGAGACGGUCUUGGCAUGACUCUGCCACCGGCAUCGUUUAGUGUCAGUGAUGUGGAACACUACAUCGGUUCGGACAAAGAGAUUGACGUGAUUGAUGUCUCUCGCCAAUGUGACCUGAAGAUGCGACUGGGAGACUUUGUGGAGUACUACAACAGCCCGAACAGAGAGAGAGUGCUCAAUGUUAUCAGCUUGGAGUUCUCAGAGACCAGGCUCUCAAACUUGGUUGAGACCCCAAAGAUUGUAAGAAAACUGUCAUGGGUGGAGAACCUUUGGCCCGAGGAGUCUGUAUUUGAGCGGCCCAACGUGCAGAAAUACUGCCUCAUGGGAGUGAAGGAUAGUUAUACAGACUUUCAUGUUGACUUUGGAGGCACCUCCGUUUGGUAUCAUGUUUUGCGGGGUGAGAAAAUAUUCUACCUGAUAUCCCCUACACCAGCUAACCUGGCGCUUUUUGAGCGAUGGAGUUCUUCAUCCAAUCAGAAUGAGAUGUUCUUUGGAGACCAGGUUGACAUGUGUUACAAGUGUUCUGUCAAACAAGGAAACACCUUGUUCAUACCAACUGGAUGGAUUCAUGCUGUGCUCACUCCCGUGGACUGUCUGGCCUUUGGGGGGAACUUUUUACAUAGUCUUAAUAUUGACAUGCAACUUCGGGCAUACGAAAUAGAGAAGCGGUUGAGCACGGCAGACCUAUUUAAGUUUCCCAACUUUGAAACAGUGUGCUGGUACGUUGGGAAGCACCUGCUUGAUACCUUCAGAGGGUUGAGAGAAAACCGCAGACACCCGGCCACUUAUUUGGUUCAUGGGGCAAAAGCACUGAAUAAUGCCUUCCGAACCUGGACCCGGAAAGAGGCUUUGGCCGAUCAUGAAGUGGAAAUUCCAGAAACCAUCAAUACUCAGUUGCUGGUGAAGGACCUUGCCAAAGAGAUUCGUCUGGUUGAGGACAUUUUCCAACAAAACAUUGGCCGCACUGGACCACAGUUUCCCGGAUCACCCCUCUCCAAAGCUCCCUUGACCGUCUCUCAGAAUUCAGGCCGCCCACCUGGAAAGAAGAAAAGCCUGAAACCCAUAAGAAGUCUGGGGCUACCUGGACCCAAGAAGAAGAAUCAGAAAGCUCUCCUGAAGACAGAGGCAGGAGAGUUAGACCUGCUGGAGAUCCACACCAAACAUACACUCAAAAAAAUCCAGCCUGGCAAAUCCAGAAGCAAGAACAAGUUGGAGCUGCCUUUAGAAGACUUUGAAGAAAAGUUAAAUAAAAGCAAACUGAAACUUGUGCUUACCAAUGGGAAGAUUCAAGGGAAAAAAGAGGGCAGCAAUGGUGCAGGAGGUGCCGCAAAGUUCCAUCACCUGUCCAUGGAGGGAUCCAGUCUCUCUGACCUGGAAUCAGAGGAUGAACUCCAAAUAGAUGAGACCCCUCCACCACGGCGCAAGCUUGCAGGAUCAAGCAAAAAGAAGAAACUAAGCGGUCUUCCCCGGAAGCUGCCAAGAGCUAAGCCUUGUUCGGAUCCAAACCGCAUCCGCGAGCCAGGAGAGGUCGACUUUGACAUAGAGGAGGAUUACACCACAGACGAAGAGGCCCUGGCUGCUCAUGGUGUGAAGGGUGGUGCGGGGGGCAUUCUGGACUUGCUGAAGGCCAGCAAGCAGGUGGCAGGCUUGGACUCCUCCGCACUCAGUGAGGAAGCCCCAGCCUCUCCCAGUACUCGUGAUGCCAUUCAGGGAAUGCUCUCCAUGGCUAACCCACCUUCCUCCUCGUCAUCCUCUUCCUCCUCGUCCUCACCCAUGUCCAUCUCUGGAGGCCUGACUGAGGGCUUAGGAGUAGUAAAGGAGAAAGGUGGCAGGGCUGUGUGGGUGACCGGGGGGGUCAAAAAGGCUAGUGAGAAAAAAAGCGUAAUUCAGCGACCUGGUAAACGGCCCAUUAAGCGGCCGGCUCGGCACCUUAGCGACGAAGACAGUCCAGAUGAGCAGGAGACUCUGGGAACCUGUUUUAAAGACUCGGACUAUGUUUACCCGUCGUUGGAGUCCGAUGAAGAGGACCAUGCCAUGAAGGUGAAGAUGAAGCGGAAGAAAAACUGGGAUGACACACCUUGGAGCCCAAAAGCUCGGGUGACGCCAACCCUUCCAAAACAGGAUAGGCCAGCCAGAGAAGGGGCGAGAGUGGCAUCUGUAGAAACGGGCCUGGCAGCAGCUGCAGCCAAGCUAGCACAUCAGGAGCAGCAAAAACCUGCCAAAAGGAAAUACACCAAAAAAGUGCGUCAUCCUGUUCCUGUAGCAAGCCCCCCCCCUGUUCAGACAGAGCUAGCGCCUCCCUCCCCACCACACGUUCCAGAGUCUGCACCAGACGUCAGCCCAGAUAGGAGGAUGGAUUACUAUUCCGCCAGCCUACUUGACCAUGAAUACACAGCAGGCCCGGGACCUUUUGGCCCUGGCGGCCCGAGAGGGGGCGGAGCUAUGGCCCCUGGAGUAUUCCUCACUUCGCGGCGACCUUCCUUGUCUCCGCAAAACAGCAGCUCACACCCCGGUGCAUCACCGUCAGGGCUAGCCAGUCAAGGCAUAUCAGGAGUGGGUCAAGGGAGGCGCCCAAAGAAAGGACUUGCAACAGCAAAACAGAGACUUGGAAAAAUUUUGAAAAUUCACCGCAACGGCAAACUUUUGUUGUGAGGGAGUCUGCACACAUUGCUGAAGACCUGAGUAGGAAUCCAUGUUUGUGAAAAUAGUAUUGAAGGAAGUAGCGAUAGUCAUUUAUAUUUUAUAUCCAUAAAGUUGUUGACUAAUAUCUGUUAGUUUGACCAUGUCUUUCCCUUCAUCUGUUGCUAUCCGCUUGAUUGGGCAUGCCACCUAUUUUUUUUGUGCAUAAAGGGUUGAGCAGCACACCACUGCUUAUGAAGACCACUGAAAGUAGAGAAGAAUCACAUCCAGUAUGUGAUGAUGACGAUAGCAUGGACAGUUACCGUCUUUAAGCUGUUAGCUACUGUCUCUCUGUAUCGGCGAUGAUUAUUUUGGUAUUGCCGAGCGGAAUUAAAGCUUUCCAAUUUCAUUUUUAAAAGGGACAGAGAACGUUUUCUUAGCCAAUUACAAUAGAAGUGUGUGUUUUUUUAAUAUCAUUUUUACCUCUAUUUAUUUUAAUAUCCUUUUUAAAUUCACUGUACAAUGUGUGUGAAUUCACUGUUGCUCGUUCAAUCUCCAGAUCGGUCCACAAAUUAAAGAAGUGAACUGAUGCAACAAUUGACAUUGUACAAUGAUAUUUAUUGUAGUUGUAUGUAUUUUGAAAGGCAACAUUUUGUCAUCUUGUAGCCUAUGUUAUGUUCUUACCACCCGUUUGUUUUGGUCCCUACAGUUAAAAUACAGUUGUUAAAAUAGUUUAACAAUUAUUGAAAUUAUGUUCGUAUUUGUUGAAUUUCUUUCAAUUGUAAAUAUGUAAUAUUUGUAAUUUAUAUAGCGAGACUGGAUGAGCAAACAAGAUAGAGACUUACAGUGGAUAUAUAAUGAUUUAUGGAGGAAAAUUGGAUAAAGAACAUUUAUGCCAAACUUAAAAAUACCUGUAUAACAAUUGGUUCAAAAAUAAAUAUCAACGCAUUGAUAAGCUAAAACAGUAAAUAUUUUGCAUGGCAAAUUUGAGGUUGCACUUAGGUUAGUUUUGUGCAGUAACUUUUACUGUUGGAAUGAUGUCUCAUCAAACCAUAAGCCAAUUUCCAAUAUGUUCCUGAAGACAUAAUCUCCUGAUACAUGAUGCCUUUUAUGCUGGUUGUGAUUGAAGGCAAAUGACCAAAAAACGAGUGUGUUCAGUAACUACCUUAUACAGGUAUUUUUAUUAUGUUGUCAUUUUUUCCUUUGAUGUUUUUAUUUUUUGCAUUUGCAUUUUCUUUGUAUGUUUUUCUUUUUAUAUCGACUGUAAUUCUUGCUAGGCUUCAGCAUUCCUUCCAUAGAAUGUACCAGGAACAGAAUGUUGGUAAUGUAAGCAUAUGUCAUGUGUAUCAUAUGGGGGGGGAAUGUAAAUAUAUGUUGUAUUUUUUUAUAGUACCAGAAAUGUUGAACCCUUUCUUAUCAUUUUACAUGACACAUUGCUGUAUUUUUUUAUAUUUGUAGUCAAGUCUUGGCUGUAUAACAUUUGAAGUGUACUCGUUCUAGAUGUUCAUUUUGUUUAGGUUAAUGUUAAUCAUCAUAUUCAUAUUUAGUUUUUGUGUACAAACUUGUUUCAACGUGUUUUAAGUAGAACCUGAAACUGAAAAUAUAACUUUUUUUCCAAAUAUAA